GUCCUCUUGACCUGCAGAGAGGAUCUUUGGUUGCAGUUCGCCGUUGCAGAGAAAAAAACAAAACGAGCUGCAGGUUGAUGUUCGUGCGACAAGUCUGAGACACUCAGAGGACAGACAGGAGGACAGACAGGAGGACAGACAGGAGGACAGACUUCACCAAACGUGAACGUUUUCUUCUCUGCAGCUUCUGAUCAGCGAUGAAGGAGCAGAACUUAAAAGAGGAGGUGAUGAAGAUUAUGGAGGAAGCACCGAAUGCCAGAAAAGCUCUGCAGGAAAACUACGAGAACCUGCUGAACGUGGCCGAUUACUGCUACAACAACUACAUCCAGUCAGGUGAUGGCAGCAUGAAGGCGCUCGAGGAAACCAAGAAGUUCACCACCCAAUCACUGGCCAGCGUCGCCUAUCAGAUCAGCACUCUGGCCAGCAGCGUGCUGAGUCUGCUCGACGCUCAGACCAAUCAGCUUCGUCACAUGGAGUCCACUAUCAACCUCAUUGGUCAGACGGUGGAGAUGCACAAAGAGAAAGUUUCUCGCAGAGAAAUCGGCGUCUUCACGGCGGUUAGACGAGUACCUCGCAGUCACAAGAUCCUUCCUCCUCCUGCUGGCACGCAGCCCCGCCCGCCGUACAGCCGCCGACCAAUCAACUACCAACAGCUGGACGACCUGGGCCACGGCAUGAAGGUCUCUGGGAAACAGUCGGACCGAACUGGGACGAUCCGUAAACAUGGAGCCUCCAUCAGGUCCAACAAACCUCCUGAGCCGGUGCAGUGCCCGGUGGCGCCCCCUGUCAGUGGCUCCAGCUUUGGUAAGCCUGUUGCUCCACCCAUCAUCCCCACCACCUGCCAGGCUCCACCUGAGUGUGACAUCAUCAACACGCUGCUGGAUGAUGCCCCGCCUCCUCCUGCUGCAGCAAAUGAAAUGUCACCUCCGGGUGAUGAGAUCAUUAACACUUUGGCUCUGCCGCCUCCACCUCCUCCACCUGGUUCGUCGGGAGAGAUGGUGGCUCCGCCCCCUCCCCCACCUCCCUUGCCCCCUCCUGUAGAAGCUCUGACCAAUCACAGCAGUCCUCCUCCGGCUCCGCCCCUCAUGCUUCAGACAGUGAUGGAGGAGAGCAGCUUGCCUCCUCCUCCUCUUCCUCCUCCACCUCCUCUCUCUGAUGAUGACUGCUUCCCUCCGCUGCCCAAUGAUGACUCAGAGCUGCCAGCCCCGCCCCCUCUACCUCCACCCAACCAGGAAGUAGACGUGACCCUCCCAUCCCGGAGGAGUUGCCGCCGUCGCUCGCCCCCCACCAUUCGCUCUGUCUCGCUGAGGGUUCGAUCUGGCCCCGCCUCCCGCUGCCGCUACACACGCUCUCUCUUCCUGCCCUCUGUCCAAUCAUUGAUGAUCCCCCCUCCUCCCCCCUACCCUCCCCCCCAUGCUCCUCCCUCCUCCUCUUCUUCCCGUCUCUGCUUACCUGCUCGCCUUGAACAUCUGGAUCUGGAGAUCCCAGCCCCUCCCCCUCCUCUCCUGUUGGACGCUGAGGGAGGUUUUGAUGACACCUUACCACCACUCCCUCCCCCAGUGGACUAUGACACCAACGCCCCCCCACAAUACCUGGAGAAAGUGGUGGUGCUGUAUGACUUUGAGGCCUCAAGAAGCGAUGACCUGUCGAUCACCAAGGGUGACAUCAUCUACCUGACACAUCGCCAUGACAACGGCUGGUGGGAGGGGGUUCUCAAUGGCAACAGAGGCUUCUUCCCUGAAAACUUCGUCCAGUCGUGUGGUUAGGCUGAAGCCCCGCCCCCCCUCUGUGUGGCUCUGUUUUAGGAUCAGUGUUACUCAGCCUGUCUCUGCUGCCCCACAGAGGCCGACCGCAGUAAUUACACAUUCAGAGUUUUACUUUGUGAUAGAACACAAACUUAAAUUUCUUCUUCAUUUGCAUUAAGUUCAAAACUAAGAACGUCAUCAAUGAAUCUGAUAAAGCCAUCCAGUGUCACACUGGAGUAGAAUAACAAAUAAUUACUUUGAUCAUUGAUUGAUUGACUGACUGGAUUCUCAGUUAAUGAAUAGUUUUGUCUGAAAUGUCAGAAAACAGUAAACAUUUCAAAAGGCUGAAUCUUCAGGUGAAAACAGGUGAUGAAGAUGAAGGUGUUUGUUGUGAUGAAGUCGAAGGUUCAGAAUCACUGAACAAAAUAAAACAGCAGAAGAAGAGAAAAUUGUUUUAUUUCACGUUUCUACGAAUAUUAGAGCAACAGAAACACAGAAACAGGAAGUGACUUUAAAAGCCGCACACGUGGCGCACCGAGUCCUCAGGUUAUACAUGACAAAUGAACACACACAAAUAACAGACUGAUGAGGUUGAUUUGACAUCAUAAAUCACAAGUUCACAAGGUGCAGCUCGUACGGCACAAAAUACACUGAAAACCAAAUGUUCAUGUGUGGGGGGGAAAGUGAAAACUAAAUGUUUUCCUGCUAACGUUUCACGAAGCGAAUCGUAACCGACACACCAACAAAACAGUUCGACAGACUCCUUGUUCUGUCUGGAUGGAUGAAAAGCAUCUUUAAAAGCAUAAAGGUUUACUUUUAGGACACAGAAAUACUUUUAGAAAUCAUUAAUCCCUAAAAUAUUUUUCUUUAUAGUUUAACAAACUGAUUUUACGCCUAUAAAUAUUACAUUUAGUCUUUUCAUUUAUAUUCAAAGAAAUUUCUUGCAUCUUUGCUUUGAUUGGCAGAAAACAGAACAAAGAAGUCUUUUACUGCUUUCACACACACACACACACACACACGGUGCCGUGUGCCCGAUGCUUGUUUCCCAUUGGCUCGUCUCGUCACCUUUUGGAUUGGACUUGAACUGCUGGUCUUGUUGAUAAAUUGUCUCAUUAAAGCUUCAUAGUGACAAGCAAACUAAAACCUCUUAACAUUUAGAUGAAGUAAGUUACGUCCAGCGACGACGUGGAGGACAUCAGUUUA